GGUUGACUGCUCUGUUAUCGAGUAUAUUGGUCGUUAUGGUGUUAUGUGACGGUGACCUCCCUGCUGACAAUGUUAGAGCGAUCAUCACUGUUCACGAUGCGACAGGUAUGAAUACGGGGAUGAGUCUCAUCGAUGCGCACAAGGUGAGACGCGACGUAGACUCUCACGAUUCCACGGACCAAUUUCAUCUCACGAUACAAGCUGGUUUUGAUAUCCAUGUUAUAAGACUCAAAAGGGAUGCCAGCGUAUUAGCGGGCUCGGAAUUCAAGUCUACUUACGUCACCGAGGAUGGUGAACAAUUAGAACAUAAUACAUUUGACAAACGUUGUGUAUACAGCGGGAAAACCACGUCUGUAAUCAAUGACGAGCAGUACAGCUGUCAUGUGACAGCCACAGUGUGUGAUGGCAAAAUGAUUGGACUCAUUAAAUGUGGGAAGAAUAUGAAAGCAAUAAUACCAUCAAACGACAAUUUAGAUCAAAAUAAAGAUACUGCCGAUCAUGUUAUGUACAACGUGAAUGAUCAUGAGCUAUUUCAAGAAAGGAUCAAGAGGGGAGAUCCAACGGGAACUACACAGGACUACAUGAAACCAGACAAAAACGACAACGACACGAUGUCCCAAACUGAAGUGUGCAUAGAUAAAACAUUCAAACGAUUCCCCGGUACAGCAAUGCCAGGGACGCCCAAGAAGUCGGUGCCAAAUCUUACACGAGAUGGCUGUAAAGCUGCCUGCCUUCAAGAGACAACGUUUGUUUGUAAAGCAUGUGAUUACAACAUGAAGACGAAAGAAUGUAGACUUAAUACUGAAUCGGUCGCAACAGCUAGCCACGGUGCCCCUGGACAAGAGUGGUUUAUAUACUAUAUCGUAGAAUGCAAAUCAGCCACAAAGUGCAAAGCAACCAGUAAGGGCCGAGAGUAUGUUGGAACGAAGAGUACAACUCUGAAAGGUCAUACAUGUCAGCGUUGGGACAGCCAAACACCACACAGUCAUACUAGAAAUAACCCUGAUAACUUCCCAGAGAAGACAUUGGCAGACGCAGCUAAUUAUUGCAGAAAUCCCGAUGGCGAACCUGGAGGCCCAUGGUGUUACACAACUAACCCAGGUGAACGAUUUGAAUACUGCGGAAUACCGUUUUGUAAUGACGACAACCCUGGCUUGGUCAACGUGACUUUGUCAGAUUGUCAAACCAAAGGUGGGAAUUUCUAUGACAACCAUUGCUACUGGAUCAGUUCUGGCCAAGAUGCUAAAGGUCAUGUCGAAGCUAAGAGCGCAUGCGCAAAUCUCGGAGCGAGGCUAGUCAGUCUUGACACUGCCAAUGAGUAUUCAUCUGUCAAGGCGCUGAUUGCAAACAAAACUGUAGCUGGAGAGUCACGAUGGAUGACAAGUGGAUUGGAAGUUGGCGUACAUGAACCAAGGCAAUGGGCAUGGGACCUUGGGUCUUGGUAUAAGCCGGCCCAUAUCCAAUUGACGGGAAUGACAAAUGACAAGGACCAGAAAUGUAUAAUAAUCAAAAACGGGUCGAAUUUGGAAGUAGACAAUUGUCACUCAGCCACCUCUGAUUAUUACUACGUCUGUGAAGCAGGAGAGGAAUCCCUAGAUGAGAGACCGGCAAAUUUUGAGACAAGUAUGUUUAUUGGUGGUAAUCUAACGGCAGAAAUAUCAAAGGUGUACAAUGGAAACCUACAGGAUAUGACAAACUACAUCGUUAUUUUCGUUAAUGGACUCGGUGCCAUGCUCCAUGACCCCAACCUUGUGCGACCCAUCAGUACUACUGUAACACGAGUAUUCUUCCACCAGAAUACACCACUCCAGUGGUAUGAUACCGAUAAGACUGACUGCCAACAUCUUGGUAAAGUAUCGAGUUAUCAGGCAGCCCAUGCUGAAAGAAGCGCUUGGGACGUGGCACAUUUUCUUGUCAAAAGUGUCUGUGGUGCAGUUGGUUGGGGUUGGGUUGGCGGUUUGUGCCAUAAUAAGUACAGCACUUCAAUAUGUCAGGCAAACGCGCAUUUCAGUGGUAUUGUAUGCCUUGCCCACGAGCUAGGACACGUUAUGGGUAUGAAACACGAUGCUAGUUAUAAAGAGCGCAGUGACUGCUUCCUUCAGUCACCAAGUGGUUAUAUGAUGAGCGGAGGAUCUACAGGGUUUUCACCAUGUGGUGCAGAGAGUUUUAAAAACAAGAUGAGGAGCUUUGGGCCAUCGGCGUGUUUGUAUGAUAAUACAUAUGAAGACUACGAACUAGCUAAUAUGGUUGAGGGAUACGAACUUCCAGGUCAACGUUUUGACAUUAACAAGCAAUGUGAAACAAACUUGGGAGCCAAUUACUCUUAUAUGAGAGAUGAUGGCAACAAGGGAUAUAUGAUUGGUUCAAGUCUGGGUGUUUGUGAAAAUGAUAUACAAUGUAUCAACUAUAAUAACUAUGACAUCAGAACAGCAAAAGGUGUUGGGAACUUAGAGGGAACGUAUUGCUCUGGCACUAAAUGGUGUAGACGUAACACAAGGUGUACAGACUGGACUACAGAUGCUGAUAAGUUGUGGGAGAACCUUGGACGCCCUCAGGUAGUACAAGGAGGCUGGAGUCCGUGGGGUCUCUGGACUCAAUGUACCUCCACGUGUGGAGCUGGUGUAAGAAAAAGAGUCAGAUUUUGUGACUCACCUAAGCCAAAGAACACUAGAUGUCCAGGUAGCUAUUAUGACGCGGAAUUAUGUAACACUCAGGCUUGUAUAAACAGUAGUGGAAUAGUGGAGCAAGAUAUACGAGAUCUGGGACAACAAAUAUGCCGCAACCAUUCUACAAGCUCUGAGUUGACUGGUUAUAUUGAGUGGGCUGGACUUAGGACACUUGACGUAAACGACUGCAAGCAAGACAUCUUAGGUAAAAAGUACACGGGCAAAGUUAGUAGGACUGUUAGCGGUAGACAAUGUCAACGUUGGGAUUCCCAAAUACCACAUAAGCAUAAAAAACAAAGCGUUCUAGCUGCAGAAAACUUUUGCAGAAAUCCCGAUAAUGAAAGUGGUGGGCCGUGGUGCUAUACUACAGAUCCUAACAAAAGAUGGGAAUAUUGUGGAAUUCCUUUAUGUACAGCUGGCAUAGGGUGUAAGCCAGGCUCAAUGGGGAAAUUGUAUAUGGGUAAAAUGAAUAUAACUUCUGGUGGCAAAGAAUGCAAACGAUGGGACUCCCAGAGCCGACAGGGUGUACGCCGGUUUCAAGAGAACUCCCUUGCAGCUGCAGAAAACUUUUGCAGAAAUCCCGAUGGUGACAAAGGUGGGCCAUGGUGUUAUACGCACGGUUUAAGAUGGCAAUUCUGCAAUGUUCCUAUAUGUGGAGGUGACAAUUUAUGUGACGUAAAUUGUUACCUUAAGGGGUCCUCUGGUUCCCGAAGGUCGGCGUUCUUUCCCGAUGGCACUCUGUGUAGUGAGCGUAACGCCAACGCAACAGAGAUAUCCAUGUGUAUUGAGGGAUACUGCAAGGCGUUUACUUUGCCAUAGGAACGAGUCGCCGAAAGCGCUUGUUAGAUGCGAAGGAAACAAAGCUUAAACAAUAUUGGAUGUAAAAAUAUUGAAUAAAGUUCCUUUUUAAGCGCA